AUGUCGAUGCCAGCACCCUCUGCCGCGCUUACACCCGGGCUCGAUUUCAGCAACAUCUCAUAUGGCAAGCCCACUGUUCAACGAUUCGCUGCGGAGUCGCAAGUCGCACGAGAAAUCUUGAAAGAAAAGUUGCAGUCCCAACGCAAGGGCGCCGUAAUUCAGGCGGUCCAGUUCGCGGAUUUACUGACCCCCAAUCCGAACAAGCCGCCCACGCCGGAGAAAGACCUAAAUCCUGACGAGCUUCCCAAGCCAACUGAAGAUAUCGAUCAGGUCCGAAGAGACAUCAGGAGAUGGGGCUACGGAUUGGUGAAGAACGCUUUGUCACGCGAGCAGGUCGCGAUCUUAAAGAGGGCUGUUCAGGAACAAGCUGCCGGAGAGCGAAAUGCUGGUGUUGCAACUUUCGAUGGAGUCGACGCAAUCGCAGCAUGGUAUCUGGGCGACAAUCCUCUGCUCUGGAGCUACAAUGCCAAUAUAGCACGCCCUGGAGGGCACCCGCAGGUUCUCCAUUGGGAUUCGGGUGUAAUGGGUGCGGGACGGAGCCAGCCAGUCGCUCUCAACAUAUCUUGGUUGUUGGUUGACAUGACGGAGAAGAAUGGAGGAACACGAAUCUUUCCAGGCUCGCAUCUCGUCAAUGUUAGACCUCGUAACAUGUUCUCGACAGAGGGAUCCAUAGCUGCUGAGGCACCUGCCGGCACAGCGCUCUGCUUCGAGGGCCGUCUUUGGCACGGUACCGGUCCUAACAAUGAGACAAGCGGCGAGCGUCCCGUGAUCUUGUCCCUUUUCUGCAACAAAGGCAUUCGCCCUAAAGAAAAUGCUCUCCUUGGCUUAGAUCAUGAGACUGAAGCCAAGCUAUCUGAGCGAGACAAGUCUUUGACAGGAUUCCGGACCUCGACGGCCGGCAUAGGUGGUACGUCAGGGGAGUCUCGCGCAGGCAUCACCUUGGCUCGACCGAGAGACGGAGACUUCAAGCAGACGGGCAAGCUGCGAGCUCCGCACGACGACGCUGAGGUUGCUCGCAUGAUUGCCGAUGGAACUCAUGCUACGAAUGCAGCAAGUCAAGCGCGCGCUGUGUUCAAUGUCGACGGGUAA